CCAUUUUCUGUCACCUCUACACUAUCGCGCUGCGUAAGCAAAAUCAUAUCGUGUCGAUUUCUUUCCUCGGGCGAUACUUUUUGAGUGUUGAGACGACGAUGGCCGCUAGCUUUUUCUCGGUGAUUGUAAAUGGACAGAUUGAAUCAGCAUAUUCCAUACCCGCUAGUUUCCUAGUUAUGACAAUUUGUAUUGCAAGUUCUCCUUUGUGCAAGGGCCGGAUUGGGUAGUGGUGUCCGGGCUUGAAGAAGGCAUCACACAAAUGGCUCUGGCAUCAUCCCCUUCAGCGUUCAGCACAUCGUCCUAUUCAACGGGAAUGUUGGCACAACCCUGCGUAUGGAACUUUCCGAUCGAUAUUGCAUUCAAAUCUACCAAUGCAUUUGGUUGGCCUCAGAUGAUUUUGAGCGUGUACGGUAUGGAUGGUUUGGGAAGGGAUGUGGUGCGAGGUUAUGGCAGCAUACGACUCCCACGAACACCUGGCAUGCAUACACUCUACGUACCAAUGUUUGUUCCUUUGGCAUCAACGCCAUUCAACGGCUUUCUCUCAUGGAUUACGGGCCGUCUUCCCGAGUUCCUAGAUUCCAGAUUCGUGAGCCGAAAUGAGGGUCGAGAGGUGACAAGGGUGCGAAGUCAGGGAACUGUCAAAGUCCAGAUCAAUAUGGGCACGAAAGACAUGGAGCGAUUCGGCUAUGUGGCGAAUCGCCCGGUAAAAUCAGUAUAAUAUCUGUUGAGUUCAGGCCAGUGUAUAUAAAUCUACGUGCGAUGUGAAAUAGAAUGAAGAAUGGGUAACGCUAUCUACCA